AUGCAGGUGAAAAUAGUUAUUGCCAGGCAAAAUUUCCAUUGUCCUUCAAGAAAUUUAACAUUUAACAUUUCUGCAAAUAGCACAAAUGGAGAUAGACAACAGCAAUGCAAAUAUGCCAGUUUGGAAGACCAACAAUGGUUCCAAAAAAACUUGCAGAAUCCUCAAGAAAUUAGAAAUAUGACUCAAGUUCCUGUGGUAUUGGAUUGGGGGAUAUACAAUUCGUCGUUCAACUUUUUUGCAAGUAAUCAAUCCAUGAGUCAUAAUUCUACCUCUUACUGCGAAAUUUCUGACAACACUACCUCUUCUAGUAGUCAGUUUCCAACUGUUCGAUGUCAGUGCUUAAAGGGCUUUCAAGGGAAUCCCUACGUUUUGGAAGGAUGUGAAGAUAUUGAUGAAUGUCGGGCGAACAUGACCAUAUGCGGGUCAAAAAUGAUUUGCAAGAACUUAAUGGGAGGAUACCAGUGCAUUUCUCUCACACCCAAAAGUUCGAAGACUGACACAGUCAUUCUAGCUGUUGCUGCAGGCCUAGCUUGUUCAGCUGUACUUUUUGGGACAUGUUUGUUCUGCAGCAUGAUUAGGAAACGAAAAAAGUAUAAGCUCCGAGAGAAAUUCUUCAUAAAGAAUGGUGGUUUGCUUAUUGUACAAACAUUUUCGUCUUCGUCCAUGGAAAGUUUCAAACUGUUCUGUUUAGAGGAGCUGGAAAAGGCUACUGACCAUUUUAAUGUGAAUAGAACACUUGGUCGAGGAUCACAAGGUACUGUUUAUAUGGGAAUGUUGACAGAUGGAAGAAUUGUUGCAGUAAAGAAGUCUGACUUAGUUAAUACCAGGAAUAUUGAAUGGUUCAUUCACGAGGUUGUUAUUCUUUCAAAAGUUCAUCAUAGAAAUUUGGUGAAGCUCUUGGGUUGUUGUUUGGAGACUGAAGUUCCUUUAUUAGUUUACGAAUACAUGCCCAAUGGAACCCUUUCCCAAUAUCUUCAUGAUCGAAGCAAUAAUUUCCAGUUCACAUGGGAUAUGUGCUUACGAAUUGCCAAAGAAGUUGCCAGCGGUCUUUCAUACUUGCACAAAGAACUUCAUGCAGUCAUCUGCCAUCGAGACCUCAAGUCGACUAAUAUAUUCUUGGAUGAUAAUUACACAGCGAAACUAAGACUUCGGAACUUGUGGAAUAAUUUCCUUUGA